AUGAAAGAUGCCACCUUUGUCACACUCUACAAGCAAAAAGGCGACAAAGGUGACUGCAACAAUUAUCGUGGGAUAUCACUUAUGAGCGUCUCUGGAAAGACCUUUGCAAAAGUAUUGUUGCCAAGGCUACAGAAAAUUGCUGACCGCAUAUACCCAGAGUCACAAUGUGGUUUCCGCAGCGGCCGAUCAACCGCUGAUUCGGGAGGGCAUGUUUGUUGUACUGCAAAAGCUAGGUUGCCCUCCAACGUUGCUCAAGUUAAUAAGAUCUUUACACGACAACAUGCAAGCAACAAUCUCCUUCGAGGGAGCUACAUCGGAGCAUUUUGGUGUGCUGCAGCAGUUAAACAGGGCUGCGUAUUGGCACCCACGCUAUUCGGGAUCUUCUUCUCAACACUCUUGCACCAUGCAUUUGGAAACUACAACAACAACGAUGACAUAUACCUUCACACAAGAUCGGAUAAUCGCCUCUUCAACCUGUCCAGACUUAGUGCAAAAGAUAAAGUGCGUCGAGUUCUUGUGCGAGAGCUACUUUUUGCUGACGAUGCGGCCUUUGUCUCCCACAAUCCAGAAGGUCUGCAAAGUCUUAUGGACCGUUUCAGUGCCGCCUGCCCAGACUUUUCUCUCAUCAUCAGCACCAAGAAAACUGUUGUCAUGAACUGCUCAGCAACAAACAGCCCAGCAAUCCCAAUCUUUGUGGAAGACCAAGAGCUAAACGUAGUUGACAAAUUCUGCACUCUGGGCUCCACCAUCAGUACUGAUCUGACCCUCGACAAUGAGAUGAAGGUCCGCAUCGGUAAAGCAUCAACCGCCUUUAGCUGGCUGCGUACUCGCGCCUGGAACAACAGACUCCUGACUGAGAGAACAAAGACACGAAUCUAUGAGACCUGCGAGCUGAGCAUACUUCUCUAUGGAUACGAAACGUGGACCACAUACACCAGACACGAAAAGAAAUUGAACGCCUUUCACAUGCGUCAUCUCCGCAGAAUCAUCGGUCUUUCCUGGGAGGACCAUGUCACCAACGAAGAGGUUCUGACCCGCACUGGAAGCCAUUCAAUGUUUUACAUCUUGAAGGCCCGGAGAACGAGAUGGCUGGGGCACCUACGGCGGAAGGAUGACGGGCGGCUGCCAAAAGACAUCCUCUAUGGCGAGCUAAGCAGCGGGUCAAGACAGAGGGGACGGCCCGUACUGAGGUUCAAAGACUGGGCCAAGAGGGACCUCGCGAACAUGGGCAUCCCCUUGGAGAACUGGGAAGUAACGGCGUCCGACUGUGGUGCAUGGAAAACUGCUGUCCGGGCGGAAGCUUUCAUCGUUAACUUAACUAACAUCAAACUCAACUCAAACUUUGAAACUGUCUUAAUGUAUCAAAGAGCUGUAUGUGUCACCUUAAAGCGACCAGGUAGUCCCAUGCGCACUGAAGAAACUUUGUAUUUGAAUAUAAAGUGUACGGUGCAAGAAUAUCAACAUGAACACGAGGUUUUGAAUGACAACUUCAUUACCCUUACCCCGAGAGCGUCAUUCGAGCAUUCUCUCGCCGUCCCAAUUACAGUCGCCAGGGAGCUCAUCUUAAGUCCCUGGAGCAAUGGUCGGCAAUUAAGUUUUACUGUUUCCCUCAAGAGCUCAGGACACUCGUAUUACUCCGAACUGAGGGAAAUACACACCUCUGAGUACCUUUAG